AAAUAAUAUUAAAGUUAAAAAUGUAGGACUUGUAUCUAUAACAACUAUUUAUAUUUCUAGUUAUAAAACAAAGAUAUAAUUUGAACCGAUCGUAUUAAGAUUUAUUGAAUGAACACUUGUUAGCAGUUAUACUGUUCUUUCUAAUUAAAUCCAAUAAGAUAAAAAUAAAUAUAUUAUCAAAUUAUAAUACCAUUCAAUAUUAAUUCUACCAUUUAAUAUCCAAUAAUAUGACAGAGUUGUACAAUGUUGGCGAUCUUGUUUGUAAUUUCUCAAAGUACAUUUAAAGGCAAAAAUGAAGGGGUUUCCUCCUUGGCCUGGAAUUAUAUCAGUUCCCCCUCCUGACAUAUUUCAAAAUAUUGAUAUACAUGGAAAAAAGUGUGUUUUUUUUUUUGGAACUGAAGAUUAUGCCAUGAUAAAAACUGGCUCAAUCCGACCAUAUUUUAAACAUGAACAUGUAUAUAAAAAGAACCCCAAAACAACAGAUUUAAAAAAAGCUAUAUAUGAUGUUGAAAAAUUUAUUUUAGAAAAUUUAUCCAAAUAUGCUCAAAAAUUUAUAGCUAGGUCACCCUAUGUUUUACUUGAUAAAGAAAUAGUGGCAACAUUCAGUAAAUGGAAUAAUUUACCUAGUACAGUAUUACACUUAAUAUUUAAAAAACUUCCUCAAAAAGAAAGAAUUAAAGCAUCAUCAUCUUGUAAAAAUUGGAGACAAGCUUUAUUUCAUCCUGCAUUUUGGAUUAACAUUAGGAUUCCUAUAACGACAAAAAAUGAUAUUUUCAGUGUUCAAGAUCGUAUACUAUAUUUUAACAUUAACAUUAUACCUCUAGCAAGCCAUGUUACAAUACCUUUAGAAAUUUGCAGUGUAUCAUGUUUUAAAUUAGCUAUCUUAGUUGUACAAAGUUUAAAAAAUAAUGGAUUACUAAAAAGUUUGAUUAUUGAACCGGUAUAUUCUAGCACAUCACUAGAGAGUAAUGGAGAAUUAAAAUGUAUUUCGAAAUCAUUAGAAUCUAAUAUAAUUAAAUUAAUAACUGUAACUAAGUCCUUAGAGGGUUUUAGUUAUAAAGGCAUUGUUUUUAAUACUUGGAAAGAACUCAUAUUAAAAUUAUCGAAAAACAAUAAAGAUGUUAUUCGUUGUCUUGAAUUAGCUUCUUGUGGUGAAAGAUAUGACCUAUCAGAAACAAUUCCUUUUGAUCCUUUGGAUAGUUUCUUGAUGCUCACUAAUUUACAAGUAUUUAGUUUAGACUUUAAUUUUGUCACAUCACAAUUAUUCCCUGCUAUGAGUGUAAUGAAGAAAUUAAAAUUGUUAGUUUUGCAUGUUCUUGAAGAUCCUGUGUCAGAACUACAUGAUAACUAUUGGUUGGAACUGAAAAAUAGUUGCCCAGAAGUUGAGGUAAAGCUAACAAUUAUAAGCUGUCCUGAUGUUGUUCAAUAUUUACAUACCAAGAUUUUAAGACCAUCUAUACCUCUAGUGCAACUUAAAGUACUUUUCUGCAGUAUGUUGAAUACUCAAGCAAUCAGUUUUAUUCAGCAACAUUAUAGAAAUACUUUACGCUCUUUAACAUGGGUAGAUAGCCAUGGUACUACUAAUCCAGCUUGUUUAAUGGAAGGUCCUUUUGAACCUGUAGAAAAUAUUGAUGAUAUUAAUGUUGAAAUAGAUGAAGAUAUGAAUCCUCUUUUGCCUCUUUCUGCACAUUGUACUAAAUUGUCAGAACUUACUAUUAUUGGAUACUUUAUGGAUCCUUUAGAUGUAUGUGUAAUUGCACGAUUGAGAGGGAGUAAUUUAAAACGAUUUGAUAUCAUGGAAAGUGAUAUGUGCCUUAAUCGGCCAUGGAAUAAAAUUAAACUUUUUAAAAUAAAAAAGGUUGUUUCACAAAAAUUAAAUCAAGAUUGGAGUCCUUUAAAAUCUAAUGACUUACCUGAAUGUCCUCGUUCUUAUAUACUCAAAUCUACACUAAAUGAUGGUAGUAAUAGUAUUGAAUUUUGGCAAUAAUUUUUUUUUCUACAAAAACAUAUUUUUAUGUACUAUUAAAUUACUUGAUGUUCCUAUUUCCUUAGUGGAUAUUGAAAUUGUUUUGAAUAUUAGUUAUUUAUUAAUUGUUAAAGUUAAUUAUUUUUUGU